AUGGAUAGUUUUUCAACUCCAAAUACAACGAAUCGUUUUGGUAUACCAGCAAGUCCAGCUAAUUAUAUAGCACCAGGAAAACGACCUGUUUCAUCUAUGGCACCUUUAAUUAUAAUGGAAAAACAUAAUCAACGUAUACAGCAAGUUUUAGGUGGUAGUGCAAUAGAUUCUCCACAUCUUCACUCACAAUUAUUACCACAAGAAGUUAUUGCUGAAAAUGAUAUAUUAAAACGAUUGAAAGAUCGUGGUCAUAAUAUAACAUGCGGUGCUUUUGGUGGUUCUACCAUACAAGGUAUUGAAUGGCGUAAUGAAGUCAAUCAAUACUGGGCUAACUGUGAUAUACGUAAAGGUGGUGCACCUGAUGGAAUAUCUUAA